UGACAUUCACCUGGUCGUUUGCGAAGGACAUCAACCAAAUGAGCGUUUUCCAGUGCCUCAGGCACACCUUGUCGACGAGUAUCAUGAUCAUGUCUUGAAUCACAUCUUUACACGAGGCGCCACUCUGCUGGCUGCCACUCUAUUUCCUCUCAUCCGCUGAAUCUCCCCCACCAUAACCCGCUUGACAUUGCGCAAAGAGACCGACAAUGGAUCUGCGUCAUCACGAGUACAUACUUGAAGUGUUUGCGGACCAAACUUUUGUAAAGGAUAUUGUCAAAGGAGUGCUACAUACGAUAUUCUUCCACCGAUAUUUCCCACCUGUCCGGCCUACGCUGUACACACCGACGGCUUCAUCUUCUCACUCUUCGUCACACUCGGCCCAGUCACUGCCGAUUCCUCUCCCCUCGAUCGUUGAUCCUCCAGAUAUUUCAGCUGCCAUCGACUCUCAUACUGCUCUACUUGUUUCUCAACUUACUCCACAAUCGUCAACAGGCCCGGCAGCAGGCGGCUCUCGCGGGGAAGUUGUGGUACGUUUCUUUGACAGGAAAAGACGCAAGACCGGCAUAACUACCGGCUGGCUUGGGAGACUGGGCGGUGGCGGUGGCCAAACAGAAGAAGAGGUUUGCUGGGAAGAAUGGUGUGUACAGGUUGUUGUAGCAAGGCCACGCAGUGAAGCGGACCGCAUCAAGGUCCGGAGGGCUAUGGAAUCGUCCCUCCAAAAGACGGCAAUGAAGAUUGUCGCAAUUGUCAACAGAGACAAAGAUCAUAUACCUCCUAUCACCACAAGCGAUCAGAAUCCAUUCCCAUACAAAAUAUUUGUCAAUCCAAAACAGCAAGAGAAUGCUGAAAGAGGAUUUGGGGGCUGGAACUGAAAUGACCCCCUUUGGGUUGAGUUGCGAUGCAGCAAACCACUACUCAAGUAGAUUCACGUACUUUGAAAGCAUAUUAUAAGCAAAACC